CCUGAGUUCCUUAGACCGCAGUGGAAUCCUUGGGUCCUUGCUCAAAGUCAAGCUCAACAACCGUCAUCCGCUGCAGCUGAAGGUCCUGCCCUAUUCACCUCCUGACCGACGCUGUUUCAUGAGGAACCAGCCUGAAAUUCAGCAACCCAUUCGACGUUGACGGAGCGUCGCGUCGACACUGACGGACUAGAGAAGACUGGGGCGACGACAAACCAGGUUAUGCAAUCGAAGACGUUUUGAGUGGAGGCUUCUUUCGUACCGCCACCGAUGUACGAGACAAAGGAGGAAGAGUUGUCAGUUCUAGCGCUACCUAUCAUGGGAACGCCAUGGAAGCCUUCCAUCAUCGUGCCGUCUGAGAAACCCUCAUGGGAGGAGCGACGUGAGAACUGGGAUCGAAAAGUGGCAGAGCUCUCCGCCAGGUACAUGGAGAUCCCCGUUUCCGUCGUUUCCAAUGAGCCGGUCACCACUGCCGAGUCGAAGAGAGUGAUCAACACAACGUCACAAAAGCUAGGUUCGUCGGGCCUUUGUUCAGCUAAACGGCUUUCACAUGAGGCGAUCAUGAGUGAGCCAAUUCCUGGUUGUGAUUGGCCGAGCUUGUGCGAGUUGAAGGGAGUCCUUCUCAAUGGAGUGAAGCCAAGUUCAACUUGGAGGGAUCAGGCAUAUGCUGAGACCGCAGCCCAUGCAUGGAAUUGAGUUGAGCAGAGUCUGUUGGCGUUAGAAAAGUCAUUGGGAUGGCAGCAACAGGCGUACAAGGUCCACGAAGAGAAGGGUAAUGGACCGGGUUUGUGUUGGAGGGUGGGGAUGGAGACCUUGUUAUGUAAUGGAAUGGCAGGACAAUGUUUAAGAGUGGACUAUUCAAUUUCCCACUUGGAGCAACCCAGUUACACCAGCGUAGGAAGGGGAGUUGGGUCCGGCUGGUCCCAAUGCUUUUAUCGCGAUGGUGAAAUUUUAGAAGGGAUUGAAGCUGCUAAUCAUGGAGGAUUCAAUUGGGUAUUGAAGCUAAAUUGGAAGUAUCCAAAGCGUGAGUUUCGUCGUACAACACUCGAGAUCGUCUACCACAAGCUACGUGGAAGCUUCUUCUUCAUCGAUCCGAGUUGAGUAUGGUUUGAGUUAGUUGGCUAAUUAACUCGAACCUUGGGG